AUGGGCUCAGGCGGGGCGAUGGGGGAGGUGCCUAACAGCAGCGGCGACGUUGCGCCGAUCGACGUGGAGCAAGGCGAGCCGUUGAACGCGGAAGAGAGAGUCGCCAUUCCGCCAGAAGGACCCGAGUAUAAGCGAACGCAGUCUAUGUUCGAGGUGGCGGCAGCAACGCCAGGGACUCGCUUUCACCCCGUGUCGCUGGCGUUUAAGAACGUCACAUACACGGUGACGCUGGGACGAGGCAAGGCGAAGACCAACAAGCUCAUAUUGGAUAACCUCACGGGAUACGUUAAAGCCGGCUCCUUCCUCGCCAUCAUGGGCCCCUCAGGCUCCGGGAAAACGAGUCUGCUGAACGUGCUAGCAGGCCGGGUGAUGAAAUCGGGAGCUAAAACCUCCCUGUCCGGGCAGGUGCUGGUGAAUGGGCGCCCGCGGGACGAGAGCUUCAGGCGCAUCUCGGCGUAUGUGAUGCAGGACGACCUCAUGUUCUCCACGCUCACCGUCUGGGAGACGCUGCAGACGGCUGCCAUGCUGCGCCUGCCGUCGUCCACCCCCAAGGCGCAGCGCCUGCAGCUGGCGGAGUCCAUCAUUGCGGAAUUGGGGCUGAGCAAGGCGCGCAACACUCCCAUUGGGAAUGAGAUGAUCCGUGGUGUCAGUGGUGGGGAGAGGAAGCGCACCAACAUCGCUGUGGAGAUGCUGUCAAACCCCUCGCUCGUGUUUCUCGACGAGCCCACAUCUGGCCUGGACAGCUUUCAGGCUCUCAACGUGAUGAGUGCGCUCUCUGACCUCUCUAAGAGCGGCCGCACCGUCAUCUCCACCAUCCACCAACCGCGCUCCUCUAUCUUUGCUCUCUUUGAAAACCUUUUGCUGCUGAGCGAAGGUCGCAUGGUCUUCUUCGGGCAGGCUGCCGACUCAAUCGACUACUUCUCCACCCGCGGCUUCACGUGCCCGGAGCACUUCAACCCGGCCGACUACUUCAUGGACAUGAUCUCCGUCGACCGCCGCGACGAGCAGCGGGAAACCGAGUCUGCCGCGCGCAUCGAGAAGCUCGCCUCGGGCUACGAGCCUUCGCGGGAGGUCCGGCCGGACCUGCACCAGAAGAGCAUGGAGGAGCAGGCUGAGGCGACGGAGGGGAUGAAGUACUCCAAGUAUGCGUCUAGCUGGGGGACGCAGCUUGUGGUGCUGACAAAACGAUCGUGGCUGCAGGUCACAAGGGAUAGGCUGCCGAUCGCCAUAGCGUACGUGCAGGCGAUGGUGAUGAUGGUGAUGAUCUGCAUUCUCUACUCCAACACGAGCGCCGCCCCCCAGCAGAACAUGACAGGCUCCCUCUUCUUCAUCUCCCUCUUCCUCGCCUUCAACGGCAUCUUCCAGAUGAUCACCACUUUCCCCCUGGAAAAAGGAGUGGUGAACCGCGAGCGAUCGUCCAACACGUACCGUGUGACCGCAUACUACCCCGCCAAAGUGCUCUCCGAGUGGCCCAUCCGCAUCGGCCCGGUGAUCGUGUUUGGCCUCAUCGCCUACUGGCCCAUCCAGUACCAGCGCGUCGCCUCCAAGUUCUUCCUCUUCCUCGUCAUCUGCAUGCUCGAGUUUACCGCCAUGAACGGCCUCGGUAUCAUGAUCGGGUCAAUCGCGCCCACCCCUCAGCUGGCCCUGGCAAUGGGUCCUCUCUUCACGGUCGUGCUGAUGCUGUUUGGCGGCUUUUACGUGAAUCUCGACUCCAUCCCCGUGUGGAUCCGCUGGGUGCGCUACAUCUCGCCCAUCCAGUGGGGCUUUGUGGGGCUCGCCGUUAAUCAGUUCUCAGGGCUGACCUUUGACUGCUCUCCCGCCUGCCCCAGUGGGGACCAGAUUCUCAAGGAGUACUCUAUUGACAACUUCACUGUGCCCGAGGCUAUUGCUUACCAGUGCUGCCUGAUUGUGGGCAUGCACCUCAUUGCAUGCACGGCUCUCAUCUUGAAUGGCCCGAAGAUGCAGCCUCUCAGUGCGCUGGGUUCCAAAGCACAGCCAACCCUCUCGACAAUGCAGGAGGAGACUCCCGAGGCUCUUGCUGCUGUGGUUAGCAGUGGGGAGGGUGGUGAGGAUAGGGCUCCCACCGAGGAAGAACGGGCUUUGAAGGUGGAGUAG